UCCGGAGCAUCGCGGUCCAUGUGCGCGGCGCGGAUGCUGAGACUGCGCCGCAUCUCCUGAACCGCCACCGGCAGCAUGUCCACCAUGUCCAGCGCCCCUCACGACCCCUUCUACUCGUCCCCGUUUGGACCUUUCUACAGGAGACACUCUCCCUACGUGGUGCAGCCCGAGUACCGCAUCUAUGAGAUGAACAAGCGGCUCCAGUCCCGCACCGAGGAAAGUGACAGCCUUUGGUGGGACGCCUUUUCCACGGAGUUCUUCGAGGAUGACGCCACAUUGACACUGUCAUUCUGCCUGGAAGAUGGACCAAAGAGAUACACCAUCGGAAGGACGCUGAUCCCUCGCUAUUUCAGCACGGUGUUCGAGGGCGGCGUCACCGACCUGCACUACGUCCUCAAACACUCGAAGGAGUCCUUCCACAACUCGUGCAUCACAGUGGACUGCGAUCACUGCACCAUGGUCACUCAGCACGGCAAGCCCACGUUCACCAAGGUCUGCACAGAAGGGCGUUUGAUGCUCGAAUUCGCCUUUGAUGACCUCAUGAGAAUCAAGACCUGGCAUUUCACAGUGAGGCAGUUCAGAGAGCUACUCCCCCGUAGCAUAUUGGCCAUGCAUGCACAAGACUCUCAGGUUCUGGAGCAAUUGUCGACAAACAUCACCAGGAUGGGCCUGACGAACCUCACCCUCAACUACCUCAGGUUGUGCGUCAUCCUGGAGCCCAUGCAGGAGCUGAUGUCCAGGCAUAAAACCUACAACCUCAGCCCACGGGACUGCCUGAAGACCUGCCUGUUCCAGAAGUGGCAAAGGAUGGUGGCCCCACCAGCGGGACAUCCACAGAACUUCAAAACGGAGAUUUUCCCCACGAAUAACAAAAAAGCAGCCGAGCCGACGAGACAGACGACGACGAAGCGGCGGAAAAGAAAGAACUCGGCAAGCAACGCGUCCAAUAACAGCGCGGGGCAAGGCGGCGGCAAGAAGCGCAGCCCAGCGGCCGGAUUCAGCCUGUCCAGCCAGGUACCUGACGUGAUGGUGGUCGGGGAACCGACACUGAUGGGCGGCGAGUUCGGGGACGAGGACGAGCGGCUCAUCACACGUCUGGAAAACACACAGUAUGACGCCACCAACGGCAUCGAUGACGAGGACGACUUUAAUGGCUCGCCGGCCCUGGGAAAUAACAGCCAGUGGAACAGCAAGCCUCCUAACAGCCAGGACACCAAAGCAGAGGUCACAGUGCCGCCACCUGCACAAUAAUGUGGUUUCACCACUAGGGCGGCGCUCUCUGACC